AUGUCUGUACCAGCCGGUAAAUUUCCGACUCCGGUUAAUCAUAACGAUGAUUUAAAUUCCAAAGCUGAGGAAUUACGUUCAACAAUCAAAUUUCAACUUAAAAAAGUUCUUUGUCUUGGCGUAGCAGUUGGCCACGUUCAGAUGACCGAAGACGAAUUGCUUGCCAACAUUAUGAUGAGCGUUAAUUUUUUGGCUCUUUACUCAAGAAGCAUUGGCAAAAUAUUAAAAAAUGUAAGUAGAAUAAAUGAUUUUCUCAAACGGCAAUUACCAAAGUUAUCAUAG